UUAUACUUUUAUACUCUAAAACAACACUUUUAUUUUAAAAGAACGCUUAAAAUAAAUAAACAUCGCUUUUAACCUGAAAGAACACCAGCUUUAUUCUGAAGGACCGUGGUUUUAUUCGAAAAGAACACCACUUUUGUUUUGAAAGAAUUUUCCGAAAAACUUCUCGUCUCAUUUCCUCCUCCACGUGCGGUCGCUGGUGUCUUAAGAGCAGCGGCGGACUGGUAGUGUUAAGGCGGAGCUUGUUGCUUCGGUCAUCCACAGGGAGAAAAAGCCCAGUCGUGGAUACAGCGGAAACGAGCGGACGCAUUCACUUCACGUCUCGCUGCUCCUUCCAAAUGGCAACGGCAGCGACGGACCAGCGGGAACCGGCGGAGGACGACUCUGCACAUUUGUCCACGAACCCCAGCCACCAGAACCCGCAUCAAAACAACAACAACAACAAUAACAACAACAAUAACAACAACAAAGACAGCGAGGCGGCAGACAGCGGGACCAGCGCCACGGCAGCCGAGCCCGGGACGGCGACACACGGCGCAGGUAACGGCACGGGCAUCAACCCGAGCGGGGGAAACAACGGAAAGUGGGUUCGCUUGAACGUCGGAGGAACGGUGUUUCUAACAACACGGCAGACCCUCCUGAAGGAACAAACAUCGUUCCUGUACCGACUCUGUCAGCAGCAGGACCUACAUUCAGACACGGACGAGACAGGUGCCUACGUGAUUGACAGAGACCCCACCUACUUCGGCCCCAUCCUCAACUACUUGAGACACGGAAAACUGGUGUACAAUAAGGAGCUGGCUGAAGAAGGUGUCCUGGAGGAGGCGGAGUUUUACAACAUCACACCACUGAUCAAACUGAUCAAGGAGAGGAUCGUGGAGCGAGACUCUAAAGCCACACAGGUGCCCCCUAAGCAUGUCUACAGGGUGUUGCAGUGCCAGGAGGAGGAGCUGACACAGAUGGUCUCCACCAUGUCUGACGGCUGGAAGUUUGAGCAGGUCAGCGUGCGCGCCUGCAGAAAGCCCCGCACCGGACUGCUCUGGACUAUGGUAAACAUUGGCUCGUCGUACAGCUAUGGUACAGAAGACCAGGCUGAGUUUUUGUGUGUGGUCUCCAAAGAACUCCACACCCCAGGAUCUGGUCUGGGAACAGAGCAGAGCCACAAAACAAAGGCGGCGGAGAUGCAGGAGGAAGAAGCAGCCAAGAAUGAGGAGGAGGAGGAGGAGGAGGAGGAGGAAGAGGGAGGGAGAGAUUCCACACCCAAUGAGUGGCUUAGAGAAUGAGGGAGUCAUGUUUCUUUGUUCCAGAGAGGAGGUGGGAAUGGCUUUUCCAAAUCCAUGGGUCACGGAUUUAAGAAAUGACUAUAGUCGUUCUUCUUCGCAACUGACCGCAACAGUUAUUUGUGCGCUUGAGUGUCAAGUCACUGGACUGUCACAGAAAAAAAUUAAGUGGCAAUGUGACCAAAAAAAAAAUCAUUAUAAAGACUAUUUAUCACAUGACCAAAAGAGAACGCAAAGCCCAUAAAAACAUUUUUUCACGAUAAGUGAUUUCACUUUUACCAGACGCUGUAGUAGAGCUUAGUACAUAACAACCAAAGAUCCAGAUGAAGUAAGGUGCUGAACUACACACUACCAGACAAUGUCAAAUAAGGGUGAAGAAAAUUGAUAUGGUAUUGAUCGGACAGAGAGGAGCAGGAUCCUGCUGCAUCACUCUGAUGCGGCUCAGCGUAGGCCAAUAGAGCAAUAAAAUCAGAUUACAUCUGUGCUUUCCAGUGUAGAUGAUUAUAUUUCCUAAUAUAAACACAGCAGACAGAGCCAUUCAUCAGCUGAGCUAGGCUAAUCCAAUAUUCCAGGCACGAGUCAUCAAUCAGUGAUGGGAAAACAGGCAGGUGGACCUGUGAGGACCGAAGAGAUUUUAGCCCAGACUUCAAAGAUGUUAUCAGUGGCCGGUCAGGAGGAGUCACCGCUCCGCUGUGCACGAUAACCCUAAUGUAAACCUUGUGUUCUAGUGAUGUGGUGGUGAUAAAGUGUAAAAACUGUAGAUUAGUGCUGGCAUGGUUCAGAAAGAGCACACGAGUCACGAAGAGAAAAAAAAUCCAUAGUCAUCCUCGGUCAACUGUGCAGGUGUAAAGCUACUGAAAGAGAUAUUUGACUUCUAUCAACCUCUGCUGGCAAAUCGUGGGAACUUCAACACACCUUAAGUUCUACUUCGUCAUGGCUCCAAUACUCCAAUACUGCAGCAACCCUCAACUACUCCUGUGCCAGUCUGUGAGACAAGGCCUGGAUCAACUGUGUGCAAGAUUAUACAGUCAAAUUAGCUGGAUUAGUAAACAACCAGGGCAUUAACCACCAGGUGACAUGCAGUUGUUAGAUAUUAAGAAGUCAUUUAAGGAUCAGGACGUAGACCUGGAAUGGUCUCCCCCUGCUUUGACCCAUGCCUCUGACCGCUUCAGUUCCCACGAUGCCCCUGACGUUCAGAUUAAAAAAAGAAAGUGAAACCAAAUUAACAUUUGAUUAUUAUAGUAGCUGCACAUUUGCCAUUUACUCUGCAAAUCCAGAGGCUCGCUCAGCCCCACAGUAAAUCUUUGCUUGAUUUGCUGAGAACAAAAAAAAAAUUCUGAUACUUCAUCACACAUGACACAACAAGCAGAGCGAGUUACACCGCGAGACAAUCGCAGCCACAGUCCUCCACUACUGAAAUGAUAGGUUGCAAAAGGAGUGAUUCUGUGGAAAAAUUGAUUGAAUAAAUGAGUAUAGUCCUGGACUCUUGCAAUACCUUCAUAGUUGUAUUAGUAGAAUUAGGUACAUGUGUAAAAUCAUUGUUAAGGAGGGAAAAGACUGUAAUGUGUUUUUAUCAUUCAGUUCAUUAUUUUUAUCUCAGAUUAGUCGGUGCCUUGAGUUCAAGCAGAAAAAGUGACUCGUCUUCAGCUCAUCGUGUCACAGUGGUUUGGUUGUUAUACAGUUUUAAUAUUUGUUUGAUUUAUAACAAAUAUACAUGUAUUAUACAGUGUUUUUAAAGUUUAGUCCUUGAGAGAAGUGUUUCUCAAAUCAUGGAUCAAGGCCCCAAAAAAGGACAUAGAAAUAAAUGUUUGAUUGGGUUUCACUGAACCUUAUGCUUAAUUAAGCAACGGAGAUUUUAAUUCAACCCACCAUGUAAUGGUACUCUGAACCUGAUUUGCUAACUCAAGCUAAAGCUAACCCGAGGCAGAGUAAUACUAGUGAUGACAACUCUUAAAAAUGAGGCUGUGACUGAACAACUCAAAUAAACUUUUGGUCCCAAGACUUGAUCAUUUGAGAUCCACUGCUCUGGAGUCUAACCUAAUCUAGGUCACACACUUUCCACUGUAAAUGACUUCCUGCACAUUGCUGUUAAUGAUCACGUUAUAAUUGAGUUAGAGUACACCCUAAACACACAGCUGCAUGUUGUUGGAGGUGAUGCUGCUUGAAGCAGCCCUUGUACAAGGUUUUUGGGUCUUUUAUUGUAAAAAGUUAAUGCCUUUAUUUUGUACACUUUUUUGUUAUCAUUUAACUUAUUCUUCAGUGUUUUUGUUAUGUUCGUAGAGACAAAAAUGGGAUUUGACUUUUUCAGAGAAGGGAGGGAAGAUACGACAUCACAGAUGAACUGUUUGUGUUCCACUGUUCUGGUUAUCUUUCAAACGCAGUCAUCUGGUGAAGUGAAAAUGCUUGUUUAUUAUCUUAGUACAUGUAAAUGCUGUUGAACAGACUAGAAUAGUUUGACGAGUUUUCCUAUUUAAUGAAAACUGUUUUAGCGUCAGGUUAGGUUCUUUUUUUACACCUCACUUUGUUUAUCCAGUUUCUUUAACCGCUGGAUUCACACUGAAUUGUUUCAUUUUGUUUUCUAUCCAUUGAAUGGUUUUCACCUGAUAUUUCAUACGCACACUUUAUACAGACUUAUUCAUUAUUAUUUACAAAUUACAGGUUUAUUUGAUGCUGGACUUUGCUGCUGUCAACAGUCAUGAAAACAAAACAAAAUAAAUCAGUGUGACCCAAGAUUAGUCAGGCUUCAGAUAAGAUAAAGAAGCUUACGUUAAUGACCUUUUUUAAAUUUGAAUCAGCUGUAUUUCAACAAAAGCUGGCCUUUUUUUUUUUUUCGAAAAGCAAAAAGAUUUUGCUCAUGAAUGUCACUUAAAUAAUAAAGCAUCUCUUGGAUAAA